AUGGCGAUUUCUGGGUUUAUGAAGGGUUUAAGCUGCUUUCAUAGAGCGAAACCCAGAACGAAGAUUCAUCCACUUUAUUGUUUUGCUCGAAGAAGCAGAGAGUUUUCGAUCUCCAGUAGCUCCAUUGCCGAUGAUGAUGCAGUACUUCCAGUGUUGAUCGUCGGUGCUGGUCCCGUGGGUCUUGUUCUGUCCAUACUUUUGAAGAAAUUGGGGGUGAGAUGCUCAGUAUUGGAGAGGAGGACGGAAUUUUCGAGCCAUCCUCAAGCACAUUUCAUCAACAACCGAUCUAUGGAGAUUUUCCGAAAAUUGGAUGGUUUGGCAGAGGAGAUAGAGAAGUCACAGCCUGCUGUUGAUCUAUGGAGGAAGUUCAUAUACUGCACCUCGCUCACUGGUCGAAUUCUCGGUUCAGUGGACCACAUGCAACCUCAAGAUUUUGAAAAAGUUGUCAGCCCAACUUCUGUUGCUCACUUCUCUCAGUACAAGCUGAAUCAAUUACUACUUAAGAAGCUGCAAAGUUUAAGUUUGUUGGGAAAUGAGCUGUUAAUUGGUCACGAGUGUGUGGCUAUUGAUAAUACCAUCGAUGAAUACGUUACUGUGACUACUUCUCAAAUCAAGGACGGGAAUAAGAAGGAAGAAAAAAUCCAAUGCCGUGUCCUUGUUGGUGCUGAUGGUGCUGGAAGUAGAAUUAGGAGCCUUGUGGGGAUAGAGCUGAGUGGCGAAAAGGACUUGCAGAAGCUAGUCAGCAUUCAUUUUCGGAGCAGGGAUCUCGGAGAUUACCUGCUGAAAGAAAGACCUGGGAUGCUGUUCUUUAUUUUCAAUACUGAAGCCAUUGGUGUCCUUGUGGCUCAUGAUGUCAAGGAUGGAGAAUUUGUGUUGCAGAUGCCUUUCUAUCCACCUCAGCAAAACCUUGAUGAUUUCAAUUCUGAGAAUUGCAAGAAGUUGAUCUUCAAAUUGGCUGGCCAAGAGCUUUCGGAUGUUGAAGUGAUCGACAUAAAGCCCUGGGUGAUGCAUGCUGAAGUUGCUGAGAAGUUUGUAUGCUGUAACAAUCGAGUAAUACUUGUCGGUGAUGCUGCCCAUCGAUUCCCUCCGGCUGGUGGUUUUGGAAUGAACACGGGUAUUCAGGAUGCUCAUAAUCUUGCGUGGAAAAUAGCAGCCUUUGUAAAGGGCAUUUCCCCAUCUUCAAUACUCAAGACUUAUGAAACUGAAAGAAGGCCGACAGCACUUAUUAAUACAGAACUUAGUGUGAAAAACUUCAGAGCAGCUAUGGCAGUUCCUGCUGCAAUUGGUCUCAAUCCAACGGUUGCAAAUUCUGUGCAUCAAGUAAUUUCGGCUGGAUUUGGUACUUUAUUCCCAUCUGCACUACAGAAAGUGAUGUUGGAUGGAAUUUUCUCCAUUGGCCGGGCACAGACCUCGGAGUUUCUUCUGAAUGAAAAUAACCCGGUCGGAUCUUCAAGGCUAUCUAAACUGAGACGUAUAUUCGAAGAAGGGAAAAGUCUCCAACUCCAGUUUCCUGCAGAGGAUCUUGGCUUUAGGUAUCUUGAGGGAGCACUCAUUUCAGAUGGCAAUGGUGCCAGUACUACAGUAGAACCACCAAGUGGCCGAAGAAGGGAGUAUGUUCCUUCUGCAGAUCCAGGUUCCAGGCUGCCCCACACAUACAUAAGGCCAUUGUCAAAUUCGCCAACUAAUAAGGUGACUCUUUCCACGCAUGAUCUCAUACCCAUGGACAAACUCGAGUUUCUUCUUAUCAUUGGACCCCACAAUGAAUCCUAUCAGCUUGCUCGAGCUGCAUUCUCAGCAGCAGAAGAAUUUGGAGUUUCUGUUAAGGUCUGCAUAGUGUGGCCUGCAGAUACUAAUGUGGGAACCGAAGGGAAGAGCGAGAGCCCGUUGUCUCCCUGGACCAACUUCAUCGAUGUAGCGGAAGUUAAGAAAUUGGGUACUAACCUAGUAUCAUGGUGGGAUAUGUGUGAAAUGUCUGAUGAUGGAGCGAUCUUAGUCAGGCCAGAUGAACACAUCGCUUGGCGUGUGAAAUCCGGUGUUGAUGAGGAUACGAUAUCGGAGAUGAGAAGCAUUUUCUCUGCUGUCUUGAGCCUGCAGUGA